AUGAAUCCAGUCUCAAGAGCAGGAUGUACACCAAUGAAUGUACAAGGCGAUAAUACUGACCAGUAUAUUUUACCGGUUGAUGACCAGCAGUGUACAAGCAGUCUUCCUUCACCUUCAGUAGACAAAUCUGGUCAUUUGAUACAAAGGUCAAACAUUUCCGGAAAGUGUUAUUGUGAUAAGCGGAAUAGUUCAGCUAGUCUAGACAGUGGUCGUGACUCAACAUAUGCAACAGGAAGUGAAGGUAGUAGUGGAGUUCAAUGUCCUCAAUUGUAUUCAGAUGAUGGUUGUCCUCUUUCAACAACAACAACAACUUCUUCAUUCUUUUAUAAUAAUCAACUACAAAAGAAUAACAUCCUGCCUGGUGGACGUAAAAUUAGCCAGAAUUCCAGUAGUUGUGCAUCAUUCGACUAUACUUCAUUGCCUGCAGCGACAUUACCAACAUUUUUUAAUCAUGCAAACUCUACUACUUAUAAUGCAGCUAGUAGUAGUGGUAUUAGUGGGGGCAGUAGUAGCAGUAAUAAUAGUAAUUACAGUAAAUUUGGUGUUACCGGCAGUAAUAGUAAUUUGCUUAGCCAGUAUACACCACAUCAACAAACAAAUAAAGACAAUACUUUAACCUCACCGAUACAUAAAUACAAUAGUAAUAGUAUUAAUAAUAAUAACAAUAUCAUACAUGUAAGUAAUUCAAAUCCUGUACCGCCUGUCACGGGGCCACAUGAGUAUCACUAUUACCCAUCUUACCAAUGUAAUAAAAACUGUUGUACAACAGUCAAUCAUAAUAGAUCCUAUCAACCACACCACCACCAACAACAACAACCCUUUAUCACCACUCCACAUUCACCUUGUCAAGAAAGGAGUUUCAGCAGUGACUUCAAAUGUUCAUCGAAGAAUAUGCCGAUGAAUGUUUAUAAUCAUUCACAGUUUCCCUCAAAUAUACAACAGUAUGAUGCUGCACAAAACCAGCCUUAUCAACCGUCAAUACAUCAACAACAAAGUCAUCUGCCAAUUCACUCACUGUUUAUUAAUCCAGACGAUGAGGCACUUUUCGCUUGGUUAAGAUCAGUCGGUUUGAAUCGGUUAAGUGGAUGUUUAUCAAAAUCAGGUUUUGAUUUAUGGACAUUAUGUCAUACAACACCAGAAGAACUUAAUGCAUGUGGAAUAACCAAUCCGUAUGAUAGACAAAUGCUAAGAAAUGAACUUGCUAAACUCCAACUAUCUGAUCCGAUAACAGAACAACAAUUGCCUACAAGUGUUCAAGAUUUACUUAUUCAAUUGCAUCUACAACAAUAUUGGCCAAAAUUACGUGAUCAAGGUUUGAUUACAUUUGAACAAAUUGUUCGUAUUACAUGGGAUGAUUUAGAAGAGAUCGGUAUCUUAAAAUUAGGACAUCAAAAGAAGUUUAUCAUUGCUAUUCGUAAACUAAAUCGUCUAAUCCACGAUCGUGUAUUAGAUCAGCCUACCGCAGUGAAGUCAUCCGUCAAUAAGUCGUUUUCAUCGAAUGAUACUGUUUUCUCACAAGCCUCAAGUUCACUACUUUCAAGUAAACGUAAAGAAACAAGUUUUGAUCAAAUCUAUGAUGCCCAGUGUCAACCAGAUAAAUUAAUGCCUACAACAACUGAAAUCGUAAAGGAUAAAAAAGAUUGUCAACAAGUGGCAAAACAUGACAUUUCAGAAAUUGGAAUACAAGUUGAAGAUAAUCUGAAUUCAACACCAUCAUCCCAAUGUUCUUCUGCUUCAACAACAAAUUCCUCAUCACCUGAAUCCCCAUACUGUCUUCCUCCACCGAUUGGUUUUCAAGACUCCCCACCAACAUCAUCGUCAUCACCACCACCAACAGCAGCCUUUUUGCCUUCUUCGUUAGAUGCACAAAAUUCCUCCUCUUCCUCAUGUACAGUAAAUGACCAAUUAUUGCCCAGUGGCACUUCUGCACCGCCUUCUUCAUCAUGUAGUGUUCAAUGCAUCACUGAUGUGAAUAAAGUAAUAUUAAAUCAAACCGAAAAAAUUAUUAACUCAACACUACCAUAUUCUUCUCAAAAUCGUCAGUAUCACAGUCGAAUAGAUCAACAAAAUAGAAGUGAACCAUUCAGUGUAUUUCGAAGACGUUCUUCAAAUCCGAAUUUAUAUUCACUAAGACCAAAUGCUACUGUACAAAAUACUAAUGACUUAUCAAAAUGGUCUUCAGAUUUCCUGGCAAGUGCUGAAUUACGACUUCCAACAAAUAUAAACUCUACUUCUGAUCCCGACUUAGAAGCUAUGCACAAUAUACAAGCUAUGCUUGAACAAAUCAGUGAACGUCUUAUUGUAUCCAAUAAGUAG